CUAAUUUCAAAACUCUCCAGGAGAUUCUAAUUUGCAGUCAGCGUUCCUCCCGCACUGGCUCUGUAGACCCUACAAGCUGGGAGUAAACUCAGGGCACUGGUUUCUGAUCAGAAAACCUGGAAUGUACAUUGGAGUCAUCUGGGACAUUUUAAAAAUACUGACUCUUGGGUCCCACCCCAGAGAUUCUGGUAUAGGUCAUCUGGCAGUUUUUAGUCCAGGCUGCAGGAGCUUGAAGAUCUCAGGCAUCCAGAAGACCACUGCUGGUUUAAUUCACAUCCUAUCAGGAGUUCUGCCUGUCACAUUGUUUCAUCAUUUGUGAUGCUAAAUGCAGCCACUCAGCUGAGGUGGUGGCCCCUGACUUCUCCCUGGGAAGGUUCCGCGCUCCCCCUCCUUCAGAAGUCUGGGCCCUGAGUAUGAAGUAAGGCUUCGCCAUGCUUUUCAACAGCAAGCUUGCUGCUACUGCCCAAGUGCCUUUCUGAGCUGGGAUUCCAUGAUUGAUGAUGGGAGAGAGUAAAUAAAUUUCAAUUGUUGUCAUAUCUGGAGAAGGCACCUGGAAAACAUCCUGACAUCAGCCUGAGAAGGGACCCAGUGUCCAAGGAUGGCAGGACAAUGGCCCCAGCAGAAGCAGCUCCUGUGAACCUGCUGGAGAUGGAAGCUAUGGACCCUACCCAGACCCACUGAACAUAAAUUCCAGGUUUUGUUUUUUUUUUAAACAAACUUGGCAGAUGUUUCUUCUGGAUACUAACCAAUCAGGCGCCUUAUCUGGAGCUCAGAGCAGCAGCAUUAUUCACAAUAACCAAAGGAUGGAAACAACCAAAUGUCUGUCAGCUGAUGAAUGGAUCAACAAACGCAGUAUCUCCAUAUAAUGGACGGUUAUUCAUCCACAAAAGGUGCUAAUAUUUGGAAGUACUAAUGCAAGCACAACAUGGAUAAAUCUGGGGAAUAUCAUGUUAAGUGAAAGAAGCCGGCAAUUUCCUAUGAAUUCUACUUAUAAGCCCCUCCCCUGGUCACAAUCCACUGAGGCUCGUGCCUGCAGGCCCAGCUACGAUGCCGAGAGAGUUGCAAAUAACUUUCCCUACUUCCCUGCGCCGCGGCGCUGCGGACCGUGGCCGCCGCAGGUAGCUGAAGCCGGGGCCAAACUCCCAGCAGCGCGGCGCGCGCGCGUAGUUCGCUACCUCUCCGGUUGCGCGCUGGGGGUCCCCGAGCUCGGCUCUGCGGGCGCGAUGCCCCUGGGACACAUCAUGAGGUUGGAUCUGGAGAAAAUCGCCCUGGAGUACAUCGUGCCCUGUCUGCACGAGGUCGGCUUCUGCUACCUGGACAACUUCCUGGGCGAGGUGGUGGGCGACUGCGUCCUGGAGCGCGUCAAGCAACUGCACUGCAACGGGGCCCUGCGGGACGGCCAGCUGGCCGGGCCGCGCGCCGGAGUCUCCAAGCGGCACCUGCGGGGCGACCAGAUCACGUGGAUCGGGGGCAACGAGGAAGGCUGCGAGGCCAUCAGCUUUCUCCUCUCCCUCAUCGACAGGCUGGUCCUGUACUGCGGGAGUCGGCUGGGCAAAUACUACGUCAAGGAGAGGUCCAAGGCAAUGGUGGCUUGCUACCCAGGAAAUGGAACAGGUUAUGUUCGACACGUAGACAACCCCAAUGGUGACGGCCGCUGCAUCACUUGCAUCUACUAUCUGAACAAGAAUUGGGAUGCCAAGCUACAUGGUGGAGUCCUGCGGAUAUUUCCAGAAGGGAAAUCAUUCAUAGCAGACGUGGAACCCAUUUUUGAUAGACUCUUGUUCUUCUGGUCAGAUCGCAGAAACCCACAUGAAGUGCAGCCUUCCUAUGCCACCAGAUAUGCUAUGACUGUUUGGUACUUUGAUGCUGAAGAGAGGGCAGAAGCCAAAAAGAAAUUCAGGAAUUUAACUAGAAAAACUGAAUCUACCCUCACUGAGGAUUGACUAUGCUUGGAAAUCUGCAGGCUUCGUUCAUUUUAGUUAUGGCUCCUGAAUUGUCUUUAAGAGUUGAGUUCCAAAGAUGUCUUCUGUGACUCAAACUCCCUUUUACUGCUCAUGUCAUUCACAUCCCUGUCUUGUCUAUGGUACUUUGUGUUUUCUUGCCAAGACUGCAUCGAUCUUCAGACACUCUCUUUGCCAGACGGAUUCAUUGGCUAACUCCAAAAACACCUGCAGAUGAUCUAGCUGUCCGGCAGUUUAACUGGUAGAUUUGAUAAUACUGGCUUAUCCAAAUGAGAGCCUGGAAGCAUGGGCAAGGGAAUGCAUCUUACUUGCACUUUAUGUACACAUCUUCAUUUGAAAGGAGGAGGUUUCAAAGAAAUAACAUGGUGACACAUGCUACAGAGAGUCAUCAUUGAAGCCUUAACAGCAGGCAACAGAAAUUUGUGUCAUCCGAACAAUUUCCAGAUGUGUUUAAUCCAGGGCUAUUGGGGUUUCUGGAGAAUGAUCACAACCUAAUGACAUUAUUACCUCUAGAAAGGGCUGCUGUCAUAGUCAUCAAUUUGUAAGUGUCCGGUGGGGUGGACACUCCUCUUUCCUGGUGUGCAACCUGGACGUUCUGUCUCUGCCCCAUUUUAUUGAAAAUAUGACUUUCAGAUCAAAGAUGAUACCAC